AUGGGAGACGUAGAGAUGGCCGAAGCUCACGAGGAAGUCGUCGACACUACUGAUUCCUCGGAGUACGUUGAAUUUUGGAUAGAUUUGUUUCUAGGAAGGAAAGGCCAUGAGUACUUUUGUGAUGUCGAUACUGAUUACAUCACGGACCGGUUCAACUUGAUCAAUUUACAAAAAACAGUCAACAAAUUUACACAGGUGAUUCAAUAUAUUGUGGAUGAGCUUGAUGAUACGAUACUGGAACAGAUGUCAAGUGCACGCCUAGAGCAACUGGAGAAUGACGCAAGAAAGCUAUAUGGGCUUAUUCACGCCAGAUAUAUCAUAACAGUCAAGGGCCUGCAGAAAAUGCUGCAGAAGUACAGAGACGCAGAUUUUGGCAGAUGCCCCCGUGUUUAUUGCAACUUCCAACCCUUGCUACCUGUCGGUUUGCAUGAUAUUCCAGGUAUUGACUGUGUAAAGCUUUACUGCCCCUGCUGCGAGGAUCUGUACAUCCCUAAAUCGUCGAGACACAAUUCUAUAGAUGGGGCCUAUUUCGGAACUAGUUUUCCAGGCAUGUUCCUCCAGGCGUUCCCAGAGAUGGUCCCCAAGCAUCCUGUGAAGCGCUAUGUGCCCAAGAUAUUCGGAUUUGAACUGCACAAACAAGCGCAGCUCGCUCGCUGGCAAGAGUUGCAAAGACAGAAUUUAGAGGAGAAAUUGGUCGGCAGAGGCAUCGACCUGUCGGGCUAUGGCGGAUUCAAAAAAUAA